AUGGGUCACGGCGCAUUGGUUGUGACGCCUGAAAUGGUGGCGGGCCUGCGAUCGCAGCUCAGUGACCAAGACAACAAGGAUUGUGACGAUGCCAUGGCCCAUAGAUACCUGUGUGCUGUGUCCGGAGACACGAAAAAGGCUGCACACAGGGUCCAGCUGUCACUGGCUUGGCAAAGGCGGGUGCAGCCAGGAAAGGUGGUGUGCAAGGCUUGUGCUGCUGACCCCAAGUCGCACUACAUGCAAGUUGUGGGAUUUUGCAAGCUGCAGAGGCCAGUGUUCUACAGCUGCAUGGCGUUGUCACCAAACAAAGUCACCGAACAUGGCCGGGACCAUCUGAUUACAAAAUUUGAGCAGGCUAUUCGCAUGAUGCCUGCCGACGGGCUGCAGCAGUGGAUCUGGGUUUCUGAUUUCCACGGCUUUGGGGUUGCCGACUUGUCCCCCGCCAUGGCAAGAGAGUUUUUGGACAUCUCAGCGAUGCACUACCCUGAGCGGCUGGGGGUGUACCUCCUGGUGGACACUCCAAAGAUCUUUGAGGCCCUGUGGACCAUCGUGAGGCCGAUGGUGGACCCAGUGACAGCAAAGAAGCUGAAGUUCGUCACGUAUGACGUCAAAUCCAAGACCAAGGGUGCCAAGCUGCGUGCGUCUCUGGCUGAGCUUUUUGACAGCGACCUUGUGGAGUGGUUGAUCCACGAGAUGAAGGACAACAGGGAGUCAGGCCAAAAGGGGAAGAAGUUCUUUGACGUUCCGCAGACAUACAGCAAGGCUUGCCAAGGCGACCUGGAUGUUCCAGUGGGCCACGAUCUCAGAGGCACGGCUCGAGUGUUCAAGAUGUACUUGGACAACCCGUCACUCCUUUUGCCCCAGGCGCAGGCGACCCUGGCUGAGGCGGGCCAGUGA